AUGCAUUUAAAAGUUCUAUAUCAUAAUAUUUAAUAAUAAAAUGCCAAAUUAGAUGGUCAUAGUAAUACUGUUUAGUCAGUCUGUUUCUCUCCUGAUGGAAAUACAUUAGCUUCUGUUAGUAGAGAUAAUGCUAUCCGUCUAUGGGUUGUUAAGACAGGAUAAGAAAUUAAGUCCUCUGAUAAUGUUCUUGCAUAAUUUAAUAUUCCUCUCUAAUAAAAUUGUCCAUUAUAAGAAGGUAAUAUUAUUUUAUUUGAUAUUUUUAGCCUCCAAUUACAUCACCACACUCCUUAUAUCAUAAUAGGCUAUAUUUUAAGCAUAAGGAGCACUAAUUUUGAGAGGAGAGUUUAUCAAUCAAUCAGGUAUUGAUUUAAAGACAUUGUUUAAACAAAAAGGAAGUUGCAUUUUAGAAGACCUUAAGUAAAAGUGA